AUGGAAAACAAAAUGGAGAUUCCUCAAAAAAACUGGAAAUUGAGCUCCCAUACGAUCCAGCUAUACCACUCCUACCAAGACUCUGCUUCCUCUCCGCCUUUCAACUUCAACUACAGUGACUAUGACCUCCCUCUAGAUGAGGAGGAAGACGUGACCAAGACCCGGACCUUCUUUGCAGCUAAGAUUGUCAUUGGCAUAGCCCUCGCAGGCAUCAUGCUGGUGUGUGGUAUUGGCAACUUUGUCUUUAUUGCCGCCCUGGCCCGCUAUAAGAAGCUGCGCAACCUCACCAACCUGCUCAUUGCCAACCUGGCCAUCUCCGACUUCCUGGUGGCCAUCGUCUGCUGCCCCUUUGAGAUGGACUACUAUGUGGUGCGCCAGCUUUCCUGGGAGCAUGGCCGUGUGCUCUGUACCUCUGUCAACUACUUACGGACUGUAUCUCUCUAUGUCUCCACCAAUGCCCUGCUGGCCAUCGCCAUCGACAGGUAUCUGGCCAUUGUUCACCCCUUAAAGCCACGCAUGAAUUACCACACGGCCUCCUUCCUCAUCGCCCUGGUCUGGGGGGUGUCCGUCCUCGUGGCCAUCCCCUCGGCUUACUUCACCACCGAGACGGUCCUCUUCAUCGUCAAAAGCCAGGAGAAGAUCUUCUGCGGCCAGAUCUGGCCCGUAGAGCAGAAGCUCUACUACAAGUCCUACUUCCUCUUCAUCUUCGGGGUGGAGUUCGUGGGGCCAGUGCUGGCCAUGGCCCUGUGCUAUGCCCGGAUCUCCCAAGAACUCUGGUUCAAGGAGGUGCCCGGCUUCCAGACGGAGCAGAUCCGCAAGCGACUGCGCUGCCGUCGCAAGACCGUCCUGGUGCUCAUGGGCAUCCUCACAGCCUAUGUGCUCUGCUGGGCCCCCUUCUACGGCUUCACCAUCGUCCGUGACUUCUUCCCCACCCUGAUUGUCAAGGAGAAGCACUACCUCACCGCCUUCUACGUGGUCGAGUGCAUCGCCAUGAGCAACAGCAUGAUCAACACCGUGUGCUUCAUCACCGUCAAGAACAACACCAUCAAGUACUUCAAGAAGAUGCUGCGGCUCCACUGGCGUCCCUCCCACAGUGGGAGCAAGUCCAGCGCUGACCUGGACCUCAAAACCAGCGGCAUGCCCGCCACUGAAGAGGUGGACUGCAUCAGGCUGAAGUGA